GAACUUUCUUCUAUUGAUGAAUCAUUCACACUAAAAUUAUAAGCAAUUAAUUCUUCUUCAUUGUAAUCUCUCUUCAUCAUCUUCAUUUUUCUUCUCUCUCAAUCAUACAGAAAUAUUUUCACUCACAAACCUCUGUGAAACUAGUUCCCCUGAUUUCUUCAGUUUGCACCUCAGUUGCCCUGUUACGUUCUCUGUUUUACUUUCCUUAUUUCAGAAUCUUUUUGCCCUAUUUCUGGUUCUUUAUUUUUUUCUGUUUCAAUAUUUCUGAUUUCUUCAACCAAAAAAAAAACUUUUUGCUUUCAGUUAUUUCUCGAUUACUAGAAAGAAUUAUCAUUUCUCGUAUUUAUUGUUAAUUAUUUUCAUUUUCUUUACUUCUCUUCUGUUUUUCAAACUUUGGAAAAAAAAAAAGUUUAAAAAAAAUGGUUGAUGUUGCCGGGAAUGUUGGGGGUGCGGUGAGUCCUGUCCUUCAACUUGCCGAGUGGUUAGCUGCUCCGAUUUGUCGUCAAUUUAAGUACUUGUACAACUACACUACCAAUUUCAAAAAUCUGGAAAUGGAAGUUGGUAAGUUGAAGAAUACAAGAGAUGAAGUUGAGCGUAAGAUUAUUGCUGCCGAAAGAAAUGUGGAAGUGAUCAAACAAAAUGUUAAGGACUGGCAGAAAAAUGUGGAGGAGACCAUUACUAAAGCAGAGCAAUUGAUUCAAGAGAAAGAAAACAACUCGCGUUGUUUCAAGGGAUUGUCCCCCAACUUCAUCAUUCACUACAAACAAAGCAGGAAAGCUUUUAAAUUGAAGCGGGAUGAUAUUGAUCCACUCCUCCAGCAAGAAGGGGAAUUGAGUCCAGUUUCCUAUCAAACUAAUCCACCAGACAUCUGGCUUAGAUCUAGUGAAAAUUAUUUGGAUUUUGAAUCAAGAAACUCCACUGUAGAGAAUGUAUGGGAUGCUUUAAAUGAUGAGAAUGUGUAUAUGAUUGGUGUUUAUGGGAUGGGUGGUCUUGGGAAGACCACGCUUGUAGAGGAACUUGGUAGGAAAGCUAAGAAGGAUAAGCUCUUUGAGGACAUUGUUUUCGUUGAGGUUUCAGAGUCUCCUGAUGUAAAGAAGAUUCAGACAACAAUUGGAAACAAAUUGGGUCUAAAAUUCGAAAACGAAAAUGAAAGUGAAAUGGCAAAUAAGAUGUAUUCAAGAAUGAAGGACAAGAAUAUUCUUCUAAUUCUAGAUAACAUUUGGGAACCUCUAGAAUUUGAAAAGACGAUGGGAAUUCCUUGCGGAGCUGAUCGUGGAAGAAAUAAACUUUUGUUCACAACAAGAAACUUAGAUGUGUUGGAGAGGAUGGGCUCCACAAAUAAUUUCGGGAUGGGCAUUUUAAAUGAAGAAGAAGCUUGGACCCUAUUCACCAAAAUGACAGGAAAUAUUAUUCAAACACAUGAAUUGUAUUCUCUACAAAAUGAUGUAUGCAAGGAGUGCGGGGGAUUACCUCUUGUCAUUAGUGCAAUAGCUAAAGCAUUAAGAAACAAGAGUGAUCCAUCUGAUUGGAAGUAUGCAUUACAAGAAUUGAAGGGACUUUCAGAAGUAAAGUAUACAAGAUUCCUUGAAAAGGAGUACACAAAGAUCGCCUUGAGUUACAAAUAUUUAAGUGAUGAACUUAAGAAAACGUUUUUAAUUUGCAGUCUAAUGGAAAAUAAUACUUCCAUUUUAGACUUGUUCAAACAUGUUGCGUGCCUAAAUACACUUGGUGGAGUUAAUUUGACAAUGGAAGGCGCACGAGAUAGACUAGAUAAAUUGGUUCAUGACCUAAAAGAUGUUUGUUUGUUACUUGACGGGGUCGAAAGCGGCCAAUUUGCUAUGCAUGAUGUUAUUCGUGAUGUUGCCAUAACAUUUGCACAUGAGGAGCACCAUGUGUUUACAACAAGAAAUGACGUUGAACGAGAUUGGAAGGAUAGAGACAAACUCAAGAAAUGCACAAUGAUCUCUUUACCAGGUGCAAAUACUAUUAUUAGUCAACUUUGGCCUAACGAUUUGGAUUGUCCAAAUCUUGAAUAUUUCAAUAUGACUUAUAUGUGGAACUUUUCUUUUAAAAUCCCGGAGGGCUUUUUUACGAUGAUGCCAAAGCUUAGAGUAUUGAAUUUGGUUCGACUACAACAAACGUCAUUGCCAUCAUCAAUUCAUCAUUUGAAAAACCUUCAAACAUUGUGUUUAGAUGAGAGCAACAUUGAAGGUGUUCCUAUUAUUGGAAAGCUUAAUGAGCUAAAGGUCCUUAGCUUACGAAAUUCUUACAUUAGGGAGUUUCCCACAGAAAUGGGUCAAUUAACUCAACUAAGAUUGUUAGAUUUGAGCAAUUGCCGUAAUUUGAAAGUUAUUGCUCCAAAUGUGAUAUCAAAAUUAUCCAAUUUGGAAGAACUUUAUUUGAGGGAGUGCCCUAUUCAGUGGAAGAUUGAAGUGCUUGAGGAAUUGAAGCUCUUGUCUAACCUCGCUAGUGUAGAGUUGGAUAUUGAAGAUGACAAGGUUUUGCCUGAAGACUUUUUUUCUAGAGAGUUUAUAAGGUACAAAUACAAAAUAUCAGUGGGAAAUUGGUUGUACCAAUAUCCAAGAAUUGGUGAACAAAAGUGUUUGAGGAUAUUGAAAUUGAUAUUCAAUCCUACCAUCCACUUAGAAGAAUUAUGCGGAAUCAAAAAUGUUGAACUCUUAUGCUUAGCCGAAUGUUUAGAUGAUGAAGAUGAAGAUGAGGACGAUCUUGAGCAUUCAAAAUUCAAUUUGCAGUCUAAUGAAAUCACAUCACUUUUUAAUGAAAAGGUUAUCUUUCCUGAUUUAAUGGUCUUGAUGUUGAAGAAUAUUAUUUCUAGAAAGAUUUGGGACAGUCAAUUUCCAUCAUCCUCCUUUCAAAAUUUGAAAGAAUUGAUAUUGUGGAGAUGUACAAAGAUAAAAUUUGUGUUUCCUUAUACCAUAACCAAAAACUUCCAGCAACUCCAAUAUCUUGAGAUAAAGGAUUGUAUUGAUUUAGAGGAAAUUGUUGCUACAGAAGAAAUAACAGAAGCAGCUGCCAGUGUUGUCUUUCCUCAAGUAACCAUUUUGAAGCUCGAAAAUCUACCGGAACUUGCAACUUUUUAUCCUGGAAUACAUACUUUGGAAUGCCCAAAGUUGAAAAAGUUGGCGGUGAAAAAUUGUGACAAAUUUAAGAUGUUGAAUUCAGAACCAAAUUCUUUGUGCUUGGACCAUAAGAUCAACUAUGAUUUGGAGGUAUUUGAAUUAAAGACUCAGAGCAUGGUGAUUAGAUGGAGUCGUCAAUCUAAUGCUCUUGAAUUCUUACAUGAUAAGUCAGCAAAUAUUCCAUUUCAACUCUUUCAAAGAUUUGAAAGUCUGGAAAAGCUCCAACUAUGUGGCUGUGAAUACAAAGAAAUUAAGAGUGUAUAUGAUCUUUCAAAUCUUAAUGUUCUACAUGUAGAGGAGUGUAGCAAAUUGGUGAGUCUAGUGCCAUCAUCACCUUCAACAGCUAGAACCUUGGUGCAGUUGAAAGAAUUAAGCAUAUCGAAUUGUGGAAUGCUGGCUGAAAUAUUAGAAAAUAAGAGCGAUGUAACAACAAUUGAAAUUGAUUUUCAAAAAUUGACCAAGUUGUCACUUGAUUCAUUAGAAAGUCUCACAUGCUUCUGUUCAGGGAAUCACUCUCUCAAUUUGCCAUCAUUGAAAAAGUUAAUUAUUGGAGAAUGUCCCAACAUGAACACUUUCUUCAGAGAAAUCUCAAACGUUUCAGAAUUUACUUUGCAGUCCAAUGAAAUAACGCCAUUUUUUAACCAAAAGGUUCACUUUCGUGAUUUAGAAGUCUUAGAAUUGAAGAAUAUUAGUUUUGGAAAGAUUUGGGAUAGCCAACUUUCAACUUCUUCUUAUCAAAAUUUGACACACUUGACCUUAUGUAAAUGUGAUAAAAUAAAAUAUGUGUUCCCUUUGUCAAUAGCCAAAAACCUCCAACAACUCCAAUGCCUUGAGUUAAUGUUUUGUAAGGUUUUAGAGAGAAUUGUUGCUCCAGAAGAAGGAACAGAAGCAGUUGUCAAUUUUUCCUUUCCGCAGGUAACCAAAGUGAAGCUUCAUUUUCUAUCAGAGCUUACAGAUUUCUAUCCUGGAAUACACACUUCAGAAUGGCCGAAAUUGAAAGAGUUGUUGGUCGGAUAUUGUCCUAAAUUUAAGAUGUUCACUUCAGAGCCAAAUUCUUUAUGCUUGGACCAAAAGAUCAACCAUGAUUUGGAGGAAUUUCAAUUAAGCGAUGGUUCGGAAAGGAUUAGUUGGUGGAGUCAAUCUAAAAAACUUGUAAUCUCCUGUUAUAAGUCAACACCUAUUCCACUUUGGCUCCUUCAAAGAUUUCAAAAUCUUACAUGUCUUUUUGUUUAUGGUUGCCAUGAGUUGGUUAACUUAACAACACCUUCAACAACUAGAAGUUUGGUGCAGUUGAGAGAAUUGAAGAUAUCACAUUGUGAAAUGUUGAUGGAAAUAUUAGAAAUUGAGGAAGAUGCAACAAUUGAAAUUGUUUUUGAGAAUUUGAGCAAGUUGUCAUUCGAUAGCAUAGAAAGUCUUAUAUGUUUCUGCUCAGGGAAUUACACUUUCAAUUUUCCAUCACUGGAAGAGUUAAAUGUAAAAAAUUGUCCGAAUAUAAUAACCUUCUGUAAAGGAAUCUUGAGCACUCCAAAGUUACAGAAAAUCAGUUAUGAGGAAAUGGAAGUAGAGAAUGAAGAGAAUGAUCUUAAUAAAACCAUACAAGGAUUAUAUAAAAAGAAAAACCAGGAUAUCUCUCUUGAUUUGAAUUUGAAGUGCAAGGCAUUCCACCAUGAUAAUUCUAUGGAGAUUGUUUACCACCAACAUCUAACUUCAUUCUAUCAAAAUUUGACACACUUGUUCUUGUGGAAAUGUGGAAACAUAAAAUAUGCAAUUCCAUCUUCUAUUGCCAAAAUCCUCCACCAACUCCAACAACUAAAGAUUCAAAAUUGUAAGGCUUUAGAGGAGAUUGUUGCAAAAGAAGAUGGAGCAAAUGCAGUUGUCGAUUUUGUCUUCCCAAAUAUAACCUUAUUGAAGUUUGAAGAUCUACCAAAACUUACAGCCUUCUACCCUGGAUUAUAUGCUUUAGAAAUGCCAAAGUUGAAAGAGUUGGUAGUCAAGUAUUGUACCAAAUAUGCGAACUUAAAAGAAAACAAUGUGGAGACUGAGCUUAAUAUUUUAGCUCCAAAAUCUAUCUUCCUGGACAAUAAGAUCAACCAUGAUUUGGAGGAAUUUCAAUUACAGAAUGAUUCGGAUUUCAUUAGCUGGAGGAGUCAAUCUAAAAAUCUUAAAAUCUCUUACGAGUUGGCGGAUAUUCCACUUUGGCUCCUUCAAAGAUUUGAAAAUCUUGCAUGUCUUUCUGUUAGCCGGUGCAAGUUGGUUAACUUAACAACACCUUUAAUAGCUAAAAGCUUAGUGCAAUUGAGAAAAUUGAAGAUAUCAAAUUGUGAAAUGCUGGUGGAAAUAUUAGAGAUUGAGGAGGAUGCAACAAUUGAAAUUGUUUUUGAGAAUUUGAGCAAGUUGUCAUUUGAUAGCAUAGAAAGUCUUAUAUGUUUCUGCUCGGGGAAUUACACUUUGAAUUUCCCAUCACUGGAAGAGUUAAAUAUAACUGAAUGUCCCAAUAUGAAGACCUUUUGUAGAGGAAUCUUGAGCACUCCAAAGUUACAAAAAAUCAAUUAUGAGAGAAUGGAAGUAGAGAAUAAGGGUAAUAAUCUUAAUAAAACCAUACAAGGAUUAUAUAAACAGAAAAACCAGGACAUCUCUUUUGAUUUGAAUUUGAAGUACAAAGCAUUCCACCAUGAUAAUUCUAUGGAGAUUGGCUACAACCAAUAUCCGAGUUCCUUCUAUCAAAAUUUGACACACUUGUUCUUGUGGAAAUGUGGAAACAUAAAAUAUGCAUUUUCAUCUUCUAUUGCCAAAAGCCUCCACCAACUCCAACAACUAAAGAUUCAAAAUUGCAAGGUUUUAGAGGAGAUCAUUGCAAAAGAAGAUGGAGCAAAUGCAGUUGUCAAUUUUGUCUUUCCAAAUAUAACCUUAUUGGCGAUUAAAGAUCUACCAGAACUUAUCGCCUUCUACCCUGGAGUAUAUGCUUUAGAAAUGCCAAAGUUGAAAGAAUUGGUGGUCCAAGAUUGUACCAAAUAUGUGAACUUAAAAGAAAACAAUAUGGAGACCGAGCUUAAUAUUUUAGAUCCAAAAUCUAUCUUCUUGGACAAUAAGAUUAACUUCAAUUUGGAGGUAUUUGAAUUAUAUGAUGGUGAGGCAAAUAUUUGUUGGCGGAGUCGAUCUAAAACUCUUACAAUCUCUGCAAAUAUUCCACUUCGACUCCUUCAAAGAUUUGAAAAUGUGAGAGGGCUCCAACUAUCCUCGAGUCAAUAUAAAGACAUGAAGAGCCUAUGUGAUCUUCCGAAUCUUGAAAUUCUAGAAGUAGAUUAUUGUGAUAGAUUGAUGAGUUUAGUGCCAUUCUCAGGUUCUUCUGUCAGUUCAUUCUACUUUUUGGUACAGUCUGCCAGACUGGCUAUGGUAGCUGCCUCCAUGCUCGGGUGGUUGAACUGGGAUUUUCGGGUUUCCCCUUUUUCAUAUGGAAAGAUAGGCCUUUCAGUAAAUGAAUUUUUUGCUCCUCAGUGGCAAAAGACUGUAGUUUUACCAAUAGUAGUGUUUGUGUUGCCUAGAAACACUACAUUGGGCAGGAUCGAGCAAAGGCUGUUGAGAUUCUUGUCAAGGACUUUAAGGUUUUUGCAUCUUUUAAUGAAAAUCUUUAGAAGGAGAUUACUCAGCUCCUCACUCUUGAUAACUUUAGGUGACUACACCACCAUUCUUUUUAAUUGGCAAAAUGAGCAUCUUUCCAAGUAUGGAGACACAAAAUCGGCUUGUAAUAUUAUGCUUGUAGAACUCAAAAAGCUAAUUGAAGCAAACCCCCUGUUUCGUGACAAGCUUAUACAUUCCUAG